AUGAGGCACAAUUAUAGAGUGGGGAUCACUGUUGGCAGGGCAUGGAAAGAAAAAAUGAUAGCAAGACAAAUGAUAGAAGGGGAUGCAGACAAGCAAUAUUCAAAUUUGUGGAGGUAUGCAGCUGAAUUGCAUAGGGUGAGUGCUGGAAACACUGUAAAGAUCAACAUUGAGAGACCAUCACCUUCCAUCCAACCAAGGUUUGGUUCUUUCUAUUUCUGUUUUGAGGGAUGUAAACAAGGGUUCAUACAUGGUUGUAGACCUUUUAUUGGGGUGGAUGGCUGUCAUUUGAAGACUAAGUAUGGAGGUGAGUUGUUGAUAGCAGUGGGAAGGGACCCCAAUGAUCAAUAUUUUCCAUUGGCCUUUGGGGUUGUUGAAACAGAAACAAAAGAAUCGUGGAAGUGGUUUAUACAGCUGUUGAUGGAAGAUAUUGGAAUAGAGAAGAGAUAUGUAUUUAUCUCAGACCAGCAAAAGGGUUUGGUGGCUGUAAUUGAGGAAAUGUUUGAGAGAAUUGAGCACAGGCUUUGCUUGAGGCAUUUGUAUGCAAAUUUCAAGAAAAAGUUUGGUGGAGGAGCACUUAUAAGAGAUCUAAUGAUGGGAGCAGCCAAGGCCACAUACCAUCAAGCAUUCUUGCAGAAGAUGACUGCAUUAAAGGCUGUAGAUCCACAAGCUUGGGAAUGGCUAAUGGGAGUGCAUACCAAAUCUUGGUGUAAGCAUGCUUUCAGCUAUUAUCCUAGGUGUGAUGUUUUAAUGAAUAAUAUCUCUGAAUCCUUUAAUGCAACAAUCUUAUGUGCUAGGGAUAAACCAAUAUUGACAAUGUGUGAGUGGAUUAGGAAAUAUCUAAUGAAUAGGUGUAGCCAAUCUGCUUUGAAACUUGGUAAAUGGCCACACAAAAUCAUGCCAAUCCCUAGGAGGAGACUAGAUGCUGAGGUAGCUAUGAGUGGUCAGUGGUUACCAACAUGGGCAAUGGGGGAAAAGUUUCAAGUCACACAUGCUUAUAACAGCCAAGAAUUUAUAGUUGACAUAGCUAAAAGGUCAUGCUCAUGUAAUUUUUGGCAGCUAGUUGGUAUACCCUGUAGGCAUGGUGUUGCUGCCCUAGGAUUUAGACAGCAAAAUCCAGAGUUGUUUGUUCAUGAAUGUUAUAGUAGGGAGAAAUAUUCUUUGUGCUAUGGUUUUCCUAUUAGUCCUAUAAAUGGACAGGAAGUGUGGCCUAUUGUUGAAAGUGAAUAUAUCUUGCCUCCUGACUAUAAAAAGGGUCCUGGUAGACCAAGGAAAUUGAGGAUUAGGGAAACUGGAGAGGAAGGUGCUAGGAGGAGGCUACCUGGUGUGUCUUACAGGUGCACUAGAUGUGACAAGAUUGGGCAUAAUAUUAAGUCAUGCAAGAGCAAGGUGCAAGAUCCAAGUGCCUUGAAAAGAAAGAAAAAAGGACAAUUGAGGACUGCUACUAAUGCAAGUGUAGACACUCCAAGUGCUAGUGCAGUCUGCCCUGGGUCUGCACCAGAACAACCAUUUUUGAUAACAGAAGAAGAAGAUAGCAAUGAGUCACAAAGGAAGAUGAAGACUACUCCUAAGAAGAAAUUGAAGAAGAACCCAAAAAAGAAGUCUAUCAAUGACUUGUGUUUUUCUGGAUUAUGCAAAUUUGGUGCUUUUCAUGUAAACAGAAUUAUGGGCAUUGGUGCUUUUGAUGUAAACUGUAUUAUGCACAUUUGGUGCUUUUGCAUAAUUAUGCAGUAG